AAAGUUGAAAGUUGCGGGCGGAAGUUGUACAGAUGUCGCUACUAAAUCACGCAUGCGCAAUAUGCCACACGUGGGAAAAUGGCUACUGUAGUUCCAAGUUUCUCACCUAAUGGUGAAUAUUUUGCGUAUGCUAGCCCAGAUGGAACAUUGAAACUAUGGGACACAGAAACCGGAACAUUAAAGCAAGAAUUUACUCCAAGUUCACAUCUGUCAGCGACCUGCUCGUGCCUGAAAUGGGGAAGUAUUCGGAGUCGGAAAAAGCCAAAGAAAAAGCGGAAAUCUUUACCUGGGGCCGUGGAAAAGACUGGAACUGAAGUGUUAGAUCUAUUGGCUCUUGGUACAAGCUCUGGAACAAUUCUGCUGUACAGUGUUGUACAUGGAGAUCUACAUACACAACUUGAGGGGGGUCAUUCAGAUACUGUCACUGACAUGUGCUGGCAUCCAGAAAAAAAUAUUUUAUAUAGCUGUUCAAAAGACCAACAUAUUGUAGAAUGGGAUUUAAUAGAAGGAAAAAUAAAAAAAAAAUGGCAAGGUGAUAAAAGAGACAUACAUUCGAUAUGUCUGUGCCCAGGGCAAAGGUGUCUACUUACAGCGGGUCAUAACAUCAAAUUAUGGGAUCUAGAAACAUAUGAAUUGUUAAAGACAUAUACAGGUCAUGCUACAGAUGUCACUAGCCUUGUAUGUGCUUCAUCACCAACAUCCCAACCUGUCUCAGAAGAUGAGGAUCCCAUAGAUAGUGUGGAGAAUAUGUACUUCCUUUCAGCUUCCACUGAUGAUAGAAUAAUAAAUGCAUGGCAAAUCAGAAAAAAGCCUAGAAAUCGGCAUAAGAAUGAAAGUGCAGUGAUGACAUUUAGGUUACCAACAGAACCUGUUACCAUGGAUAUAGCUGCAGUUACUAGUCGAGACCAACCACUGCUUUUAGGUGCUAUAGUGAAUAAUGGACAAUUUGUUAUCUAUGAACAGGUUCUAAAUGGAGUGAUGAAGAAACCAGUUAAACACAAAACCAUGUUCCAGAUUGCCACUCAAAAAACCAAGAGCAGCUCAUCUAAAGCUAUCCCAAUCUUAUCAGUGCAGUUCACCAAUGAUAAACAAAAUAAUAUUUUAAUCGCCCAUGGCAACUUCGUCAAACCAACAAUAGAGAAAAUACCAUUUAACACAAAAGAUGAAGAUGUUUGUACGUGCCUUAUCCGAGAGGACCCCUCUCUGUCCCAAGUGUCAAGUGAAGAAAGUGUUAAUAAGGUGAAGCAACCAGGAAUUAGUGAAGACAUGACAACACUUGCACCUGGCAACCUGUUACCAAGGGAACCUACACAAAUGGAGGCUGGAAAGAGAAAAAAACGAAAGAAGUCUGAUCCGAAAGAGUUGACGAUUGAGGAUCGUAUUCAAGCACUAGGGCUGGCACAAAGUGGAGAUAAACCUUCGGGCAGUGACCCACCCACAGCAAGUACCCUAGUGCAUCUGCUCAUUCAAGGUCUACAGAGCAAGGAUAAGAAAAUAUUAAACACUGUGCUCCAAAAUAGGAAUGAUGUUAUAGUUCGCAAUACUGUGAAGCGCCUACCCUUACCUGCCAUUAUCCCCCUUGUAAAUGAGCUCACUAGAAGACUACAUGGGCAUGCUACUAGUGGUCAUACAGUGCUGAAGUGGUUGAAAACAGUACUUGUUAGCCAUACAUCAUACCUAAUGUCAUUCCCAGAUGUUGUAGAGACGUUUAGCAGCAUGUAUCAAAUGAUGGACGCCCGGGUGUCAAUGUUCAGUAACAUAUCUAAACUACAAGGCAAGCUGGACCUCAUGUUAUCUCAGGUGACAUCACAGGGUGGCAGCGGUGAAGAGGAAUCUGGCACCCCAACCUCUCAUCAGCCAUUGUUGCUGUAUCAAGAAGAGUCUUCAGAUGAAGAGGAUGCCAUGCUAGAAGACAUCGUAGUUAGCCACUCAGAGUCAGAGGACAACUGGGAAGAAUUAUCAGAUGAUGACCGGAAUGCAAUGGACGUUGAGAAUGAUCAAGGAAAAGAAUCAGAGGAUGAUUCGGACAAUGAAGAUAUUGUAGAAAAUGGCAACUCCUCCAGUGAAUCUGAUAUGGAAUAGUGCCAUGUUCUCACCAAUUAGUUGGGACUCCAUUCCUGUUGUGCAUAGUGCUUUGGGGACCAACUGUGUGGUCUCUGAUGAU